GUUGAUGCGGUCGGUCAGUGUGAAGAAUCAGCAUGAAGACCGCGCUGCUUUUCCUCUUGUCUCUACCGCGUCUCACCUCCACCCACAGUCGAGCCUUGGUGAGAGUCGCUCCCGACAGGACUCAGUUCUUCGAGUACGAGAAUAUCACAGUGACCUGCGAACACCUGGACUCUGAAGAAUGGACCGUGUGGCGAUACGCUUGGUCCAGUUUGCAGUUGUCGGCGUGCGGCUCGGUCUGGGGAACGCAGACGUUGUCCACCUGCUUCAUAAACACAGUAAAGCCGUCGUCCAGCGGCGUUUACUGGUGUGAGUCUAAUUACAGAGAGAGCAGCAGGGCCAUCAACAUCACGGUCACCGAUAGACCAUUGAUCCUGAAGAGCCCCAUCCUUCCUGUGAUGCAGGGAAGUGAUGUCACGCUGCACUGUCAGACAAAGGACCCGCGCACCGCCCACCUGGUGACAUUCUUUAAAGACGAUCACACCAUCUCGAAAAGGUCAAAAAGUCACAUGACCAUCCACAACGUCUCUAAGUCUGACGAGGGCGCCUACAGGUGUAGGUUCAACGACGAGAACAAGUCUCUGACCAGCUGGCUGCUCAUCAAAGCUGACGACUCGGAUGAUUCGCUGUCGCUCACCACGACUCCGGAGUCGACUCAGUUGAGCGAGUAUGAGAAUCUGUGUCUGACCUGCGGCAACGGCAACGACGACAACAGCAGCGGCGGCUUCCACAUCAAGAGGUUCAGGUUGGACACCAGGACGGUGUCCAGCUGCGGAGUCCACUGGGGAAUAGUCAACUCCUCUGGCUGCAAGGUGGCGACACUCAAGCCGGCCGACAGCGGCAUCUACUGGUGCGAGUCACUCUCAUUGCAACGGAGCAGCUCUGUCAAUCUCACCAUUUACGCAGGGAUAGAGAAAACCGUGCUCCUGCAAAGUCCCAUCCACCCACCGGCGGAGGGGGACAACGUGACUCUGCGCUGUAAAACAUCGGCCCCACCCUUCAACCAGUCAGCAGAUUUCUAUAAAGAUGGCUACCACAUCCAGACCACGCUCACUGGUCACAUGACCCUCUAUCACAUCUCCAAGUCCGAUGAGGGCGUCUACAUGUGUACCGUCAACGGGGCCAAGUCUCCGACCACUUUGCUGCUUGUCAAAGGUGAUUCUGUGUCGUCAGGAGCUGCUCAGUCAAUGUUCACGAUGAUUCGCUGUGUCGUGGUUUCUCUGCCGUACUUAAUCUCCACACUAUUCAUGGUGUUCAGAUAUCGCGACAUCAGACAGACGCCAUACCCACGACACGCAGAAAAAUCCCUGUCCGUUUCCAUGACAACAGCUCCAAACGCUGAGUAUGACGAGAGAUUGGACGAAGAUUACGAACCAACCGUCGCUAAUGUCACCACUGAGCAUCGCUUCUAAGAUUAACGUCGCUGCUGUUUCGCCAUGUUGUUUUUGUUGUUUGUUUUUUUGUAAAAAAUUCAGUUUAAAGUUUUACUCGUGUUCCUGUUUUUAUUCUGUU